AUGACGUAUUGGCCUAUCUCGUCGCCCUCCGUCUUCGCGGCCACUAAACGUACGGAUCCCGGGCGCGCGCACAACUCACACGAUGGCGCCGAACACCAGCAACCAGGCGAACAAGAUGCCGACAAACCAUCGCAGACGCAUCCUGGAGAUGGGGCGUCUGCGCAAAGUAAGAGUGAGGUAGAGGACAAGAAUGGCGCGUCGGUAGAAGACGACAUACAUGGCACCAUCAUUGCCAUCAGAGUGACCAGGAGUGGGCACAUGUUUGCGACCCUCACCAGAACAACGCUCACGGUCUGGCAGACAAAGCCUACGAUUGUUCUAGCUUCAGUACUGCGUUCAGAGCAAUCCGUCCGAACAUACGGCCCCAACACCGACGUCCUACUGCGCCCUGACUCCCAGAUCUUCGUCGUGCAGACCACGCUCGGCUUCCUCAUCACGUACUCGCUCGCGACAGACCACUCGUCCCGCAUCUACCAGGCUCAAUUCACCAACACGCACGGGGGCCACACCAGGAGAAGCAGUGCAAUCACUGGCUUUAAGAUUCAGCGUCAGCACGAUGUCAAUGCGGGGCCAGGAGAAGGCAGCGGCUUGAAAGAGCUUAGCCUACGCUUUCGGAUGGUCAUACGGGUCGAUGCUGGCAUCAUCAGGGCUCUGGCUCUGGACGAUGAAUUGAUUGUCGCAACUGGGAAGCCUGCUGCUGUACAAUGUAUUCGUUGGGCGCCAGACAGCACUGGUAGCCAAACAAGCACCGAACUACUGGCAAAGAUGUCAUGGUUGGGAAACAAUGCAUCGCUGCGUGAAAUGGUCCAUGAUCGGCCUAUGAACCUAUCGUGUUGGAUCACAGGCGACGGACGAGCCUUUGCAGUCCAAAAAGCGGCUCGAAAAGACGCCGUUGCUCCCAGUCUCUUCCGUGGCUAUGGUUUCCAUACACCCGAAACAGAUGCUGAUCACGGCGUGAAAGCUGCAAUCAAUGCAAGGUUUUCAUUACUUGCUGUUGGCUGCGCCAGUGGUGAAAUCUAUGUUUACACCGCACGCGACUACACUGGCAACAUUCCCCUGUCUCAUAAGCUACGACCGAACGUUACAUCCCCCGGAAAGAUGACUGUCUUGACUUACUCGCCAGAUGGAUACUGUCUUUUUGCUGGCUACGAACGCGGCUGGGCAAUGUGGAGUGUAUACGGAAAGCCUGGAGCAACGAGCUUCACAGCAGAAAGAACACUUUCCAAGACAAACAACGAAGAAUGGCUUCUAAGCGUCAAAGAAGCAUUCUGGAUCGGGGGUGGCGCAGAACUGUUAAUGUUGAGCAACGACGACAAUCGUCUCUUUGUAUUAGAGAUGGCUCGAAGUGCAGUAACCGGCUGCUUCUCCUCGGCUAACGUAUCACGGUCUUUGAUGCAGACAAGCACCGGCUUCAUGAUCUACCGUGGUUACGACUUGCCAGACUUGACGACGAUCUCUGCCGAUGUUUCUCUGUGGCAUCAUGUUCAGAUUCCUUCGGCCUACCUUGUCGACCAAUGGCCAAUUAGAAGUGCGGUCAUCUCAAACGAUGGUCGGUAUGUGGCGAUAGCGGGCAAGAGAGGGCUUGCACACUACAGUGUAAACAGCGGGCGUUGGAAGAUGUUCGACGACCCUUUCAUAGAGAACGAGUUCACAGUUCGAGGGGGUAUGUGCUGGUUUCAGCAUGUUCUGAUUGCAGCGAUCGAAUGUCGCGAUUCCCAUGAGGUUCGCGUGUACUCACGUGAGGCAGCGCUCGAUAAUAGCCACAUCAUGCAUACACAGAAGCUACCUGCGCCCAUUGUCCUCAUUGCACCUUCUGGCGAAGAUUCACUUCUCGUCUACACCUACGAGAACAUAUUAUAUCACUACGUUAUUAGUGUUUCAGAUGCAAGCGUAAAGUUGGUACAAGUUGGUCAAAUCGCGCUGCACGGUAUCAUCCGUGCACCUACUCGAGUGCGAGCACUUAGCUGGAUAUUACCAGAGGACCAGAUCCACAAUGGCGAUCCAUCACAAGAUGUCGCUGUCGCCACUAUCCUGUUCCUAGUGGAUGGCAAACUCGUGCUUCUCCAACCGACGACAACCGAAAGUGGCGACCUCAAGUACGAAAUGCGCAUCAUCGCGCAGAAUGUAGAGACGUAUGCUCUCAUGCGCGACCACCCUGCUUUCGCAUUGGAUCGGCAUGCCGAUUCGUUACCGGCGAGUCCGUCCAUGGAACUGACGAUGGAAGGGGUACACGGUCACGAUCUCCGUGACUCACUCUGGUUUUUUGAUGGUCACGACAUGCGAGUUUGGAUAGAUAUGCAGGAUGUUCUUGCUUCCGCUUCACCAGAAAUUGGUCGAGAACUCCCAACACCUGUUCAGAUUCCUGUCGACUUUUAUCCUCUCUCGGCAUUGAUCAACAAAGCGAUCAUAUUCGGUGUGGAGUCGGAGUUGAUCCAACGUAGGGAUACAAACUUUGCCUUCCUGCGUUUCGGCACUAGACACUUGCUUUACUUCCCCCAUGCUCUAGAAAUCUUACUGCAUGAAGUCCUGGACGAGGAGGUGGAUACCCAGCCACCACCCGAGCAAGCGCUAUUGCCAAGUGUGCUAUCGUUCCUGAGCUCUUUUCCUCGAUAUCUCGACAUCGUUGUGCAAUGUACCCGCAAAACCGAGGUGCGUUCAUGGCGGACGUUGUUUUCAAACUUGCCUCCACCGGAAGAACUAUUUGAAGAAUCACUGCAGAAAGGGAAUCUGAAGACCGCUGGUGGUUAUCUGCUGGUCCUCCAUACAUUUGAAGAAUUGCGGCCAACAGGCGAUCAAGUUGUCCGCCUACUCCAACGUGCCAAAGAUGAACAAGAUUGGGAGCUAUGCAAGGAACUUGCGCGCUUUCUCAUGGCUCUUGACGAGUCUGGUGCAACAUUGCGAAGUACCUUGGAGCUUGUGGAGCUGAAGACUCCGUCAGCAGAGCCAGGCCUUGGCCAGUCACAUUUUACGUUCGACACUGCCCGACUAAAUGUACCCUUGCGCAGUCGCAAUAACGGGACUAGGUCGUUGGGCGGACCAGGCGUCGAUUUUGGGUCCGACGGCGCUGGCAGGACCUCACGGGAGAAUGGCGACAUUAGUCCUGGUGUGAGUGACGUGAGUGCUAGUAGUGAUACAAGCCCUUCACAAGUACCGGGGGACUACUUUGGCCUUGGCAUGAACAGUUUGCGCCAGUAG